AUGAAUGUUUAUGAUGAUGUUUUAGACGCCACUGUUGUUUCACAUUCUGUUGUAGGUAAUUUCACUACUAAGCUUCAUAAGGAGUUGAUUACUGUGAGAACUAAUCUUCUUUCUAUCUAUAGAUUCGAUGAUAAAGGGAAACUGUUUUUAACUAAUGAGUUUAAAUUGAUAGGUAAAGUUACAGAUAUUUCUUUAAUUCCACAAAAAAAUUCAGAUCUUGAUGUUCUUUUGAUAUCUACUAGGACUGCAAAACUGUCGAUUGUGAAGUUUAAUACCAAUUCCAACUCCUUGGAGACUAUAACUUUACAUUAUUACCAAGAUAAGUUCAAAGAUAUUUCUUUGUUGGAAUUGGCAGAGACUUCUCAAUUGAGAAUUGACAACAGUAAAAAUGUAGUUUUGUUGUUCAAUGUAGAUUGCAUUGCAAUUUUGCCGUUUGUGAAAGCAGAAGAAGAUGAGGAGGAGGAGGAAGACGAUGAUAAUAAUGAUAAUGAUGACGAAGGAAAUAAUGAUCAGAAUAAUAAAAAAAAUAACAGUGGAAAGCAUUCUAAAAGUUUAACUGAACCAAGUAUUAUUAUUACAGGUAAACAAUUAAAUUCAAAUAUUAAAAAUAUAAUUGAUAUACAAUUCCUACAAAAUUUUUCAAAACCAACCAUUGGUGUGUUAUAUCAGCCAAAUUUAGCAUGGAUAGGUAAUUCUUCAUUGACUGCAUUACCUACAGAUUUCAUAAUAAUAACCCUGGAUUUGAUACCAGUUGCAGAAGAAACGCAAUGGUCAACCACAGUAAUAGGUACCGUUAAUGAACUGCCAUUUGAUGUUCAUUCUUUUAUUUCACUAUGCAAUGGUAACAUAUUGGUUGGAACAAAUGAAAUCAUCUACAUUGAUAAUACUGCUGUUUUACAAACCAGUAUAGUGUUAAAUCAAUUCAUUGAUAAAAACUUUAAAAAGGGUAAAAUUAUUGAUAGAUCUAAUCUAGGCAUAAUAUUUAAUAAACCAAUUAAACACUAUAUUUCUCCACCAGAUAAAAUUGGAGAAAGUGAACUCCUACUGCUGAUGGAUCAGAAUAGUAUUUUCUAUUAUAUCCAACUAGAUUUAGAAGGUAGGUUGUUAACUAAUUUUGAUAUUACUGAAUUGCCUAUUGUAAAUGAUCUUUUAAAGGAAAAUUCAAAUCCAACAUGUAUAUCUUGUAUCAGUGAACAUAACGCAAAUAAUAUGACAGAUUUGUUUAUUGGUUAUCAAUCAGGUGAUGCUUUGGUUUUGAGAUUAAAUAACAUUAAAUCUGCAAUAACAUCAAAGGAGCAACAUAUGGAAACAGUGGACAGUCUCUAUGAAUUCGAUGAAGAUGAAGAUAAUUUAUAUGGAGAUGAAAGCUCGAUCGACGCAAAGUCAGGAAAAAAGGAAAUAUUGGUGGAAAGCAUACAACCGUUUAACAUUGAAUUGCUAUCCCAAUUCAAAAACAUAGGACCGCUAACAUCUUUAGCCGUUGGAAAAGCAUCCUCUAUAGAAACCAAUGUUAAGGGUCUGGCUAAUCCUAAUCAAGGUGAAUAUUCGUUAGUUGGAACUUCUGGUAAUGGUACAGGCUCUCAUCUUACUAUAGUACAACAAAGUAUGCAACCCCAGAUUGAGCUGGCUCUAAAAUUUAUUAGUGUCACUCAGAUUUGGAAUCUGAAGAUUAAAUCACAAGAUAAGUAUUUAAUUACUACAGAUUCAAAAAAUUCAAAAAGUGAUAUCUAUUCUAUUGAAAAAAAUUUUAAACUCUUUAGGGAAGGAAGAUUCAGAAGAGAUGCAACCACUGUAUACAUAUCAAUGUUUGGUGAAAACAAACGAAUUGUUCAAGUAACAACAAAUCAUUUAUAUUUAUAUGAUCUGAAUUUCCAUAGGUUAACAACCAUGAACUUUGAAUUUGAGGUAGUGAACGUUUCUGUUAUGGAUCCAUACAUUUUGAUUACAUUGUCAAGAGGUGAUAUCAAAAUUUAUGAACUAGAAAAUAAACGUAAGAAAAAACUAUUCAGAGUUGAAUUACCUGACGUUCUCCCAGAAAUGGUUUUAACUUCUGGUGUUAUUUUAAAGAGUAAUAUGUGUAAUGAAUUUUUAACCGGUAUGAAGAAAUCUGAUAAGGAAGAACUUUUAUUUACAUUUGUAACAGCUGAUAAUCAAAUUAUAUUUUUUCCAAGAAAUCACCAUGACAGAAUUUUUCAAUUAAAUGGUAUUGAUCAGCUAGACGAAUUGUUAUACAUCAGUAUAUAUCAACUACCAGAUGAAGUAAUACCAGAUCCACAAAUUAAACAAGUUAUGAUUAACAAACUUGGUAAGGAGUCAAAGGAGGAAUAUCUGACGAUAUUGACAUUUGGUGGUGAAAUUUAUCAGUAUAAGAAAUCACCUCAACGUCAUAGUAGAUUUCAUCGUAACUUAUACAGGAAUAAUUUAUCAAUCACUGGUGCCCCAGAAAAUGCCUACGCAAAGGGUGUUAGUUCGAUUGAAAGAAUUAUGCAUUAUAUCCCCGAAUACAACGGCUACUCGGUGAUAUUUGUUCCAGGUAAUGUUCCAUAUAUAAUUAUGAAGGAAGAUAAUUCAGUUCCAAGGGUUUUUAAAUUUGCAAAUAUACCAAUUGUUUCGAUGAGUCCUUGGGGACAUAAUUCUGUCAUGUGUGUUGACGAUAUCAAGAACGCAAGAGUUUAUACAUUGGAUCGUAAAGAUAUAUAUUAUGGUAAUCAAUUGCCUCUGAAAAAAAUUAGAUUGAGUGACACUAUUGAGGACUAUAAAUCUUUAACCAAAGUUGUAUACAAUGAAAAGUCACAGCUUUUUGUUGUAGCCUAUGCAAAAGAGAUUGACUAUGAGGCACUGGCAGAAGAUGGUGAAACAUUGAUUGGGUAUGAUCCUAAUGCAAAGCACGCUAAGGGUUUCCAAGCUGGUAUAUUGUUAGUCAAUCCAAAAACUUGGAAUGUUAUAGAUAAAAUUGAAUUUGAAAGAAAUUCAUUAAUAAAUGACAUGAGAUCAAUGACAAUUCAAGUGAAUUCAAAGACUAAAAAGAAGAGAGAGUUAUUAGUAGUUGGUGUUGCAUCGAUAGGAACUGAAGAUUUGCCCUCUGCUGGGUCUUUCCAUGUUAUUGAUAUUAAUGAGGUUGUACCAGAGCCUGGUAAACCAGAUACAAAUUAUAAAUUUAAAGAAAUUUUCCAAGAGACAGUAAGAGGUAACGUCAAUUCUGUAUGUGAAAUAAGUGGUAGAUUUAUGAUUAAUCAAAGUCAAAAAUUAUUGGUGAGAGAUAUUCAAGAAGAUGAAUCGGUUGUACCAGUUGCCUUCCUUGAUGUUCCUGUAUAUGUUACAGAUACAAAAUCAUUUAGUAACUUGAUGAUUGUUGGUGACUCAAUGCAAGGUUUCCAAUUUGUUGGGUUUGAUGCCGAACCUUAUAGAAUGAUUCCACUUGGUAGAAGUGUCUCAAAGUUUAAAACUGUAGCAUUAGAAUUUUUGGUAAAUAAUGGUGAUAUUUUCUUCAUUGUUUCGGACAGAAAUGAUAUUUUGCAUGUUUUAAAAUAUGCACCAGAUGAACCUAAUUCAUUAUCUGGACAAAGACUUGCCCAUUAUUCCAGUUUCAAUAUACACUCUACUAAUACCUCUAUGAUAUUACUUCCAUCUAAUAAUGAAUUCCAAUCGUCACCAAAUGGACAAGCUACAUUUCAAUCUGUGGGUAGUUGUGUGGAUGGGUCGAUAUUCAAAGUUAUCCCGUUAGAUGAAGACAGCUUCAGGCGACUAUACGUAAUUCAGCAACAAGUAAUAGAUACUGAAAUACAAGCAGGUGGUUUGAAUCCAAGAAUGGAAAGACUGUCCAAUGAGUACUAUCAAUUAGUUCAUCUAAUGAGACCGAUGUUGGAUUUUAACAUUAUAAGAAGAUUUAGUAAUCUGUCAAUAACUAAAAGAACAAAAAUUGCACAAAAAGCUGGAAGAAGAGCACAUUUCGAUGUCUGGAGAGAUAUGAUUAACAUUGAAUUUUCAUUAAGAUCAUUAUGUGGAAACAAAUAA